UCUUACUGACCGCCAUUUUGUGUUAGGCCCACUCUUGCGGGAGCGGGAGAAAAAUAUUCUGCCGCCGCGCAGCACCAACGAGAAGAGCGGGACCGACGAGGCGGACUGCUGCAGCGGGACACCGAGCUAAUAUUACGGGGGAAAGAAGUCGCCAGUCGUAAUUUGGCCCAUUGCCAUGGAGGGCGAGGUUGUUUCCAUGGAUACCCCUCAGACUGCUGUCCUGACCUCGGAUGGAAAGGUGCUGUCAGAGGAUGGAGAUGCCUUGACAACCAUAGCUCAACAGGGGGAGGUGGCUGGUAACAUGGAGAUGAUGGUAAUGGACGCUCUUGACCCGACUUUACUGCAAAUGAAGACCGAGGUGUUGGAGGGAGGUGGCACAAUGACGGUUACCAGUGGAGACGAGGGACAGAUCAUCACGCUCCAGGUGGUGAAUAUGGAGGAGCAGGCGGGUGCAGCAUUAGGCCUUGGUCAGCUUCAACUGGUUCAGGUACCAGUCACCACGACGACUGUAGAGGGGCUCCAGGCCACCUACGUCGACGCCUCAGCUGCUAACAAGGACUCCGAGCCAGUGAUCUGUCACACUCUUCCCCUGCCUGAAGGCUUCCAGGUGGUAAAAGUGGGUGCUAAUGGUGAAGUGGAAACUGUAGAGCAGGAGGAGCUUGGAGCAGCCCAUCAGGAGCUUCACACAGUAGAAGAGGAGGAGAUGGAGGAGGCAGCAGACAUAGAACCACCUGUGGCUCAGGAAGAAGACCUAGAAUGGUCUAAGGACCCAGAUUUUCAGCCCAUCUCCUCUAUCCGGAAAGGAAAGAAAGGAAAGAAGAGCCGCCUACGCUAUGCAGAGGGCGAUCGCGACAUGGAUGUUUCCGUGUACGACUUUGAAGAAGAGCAGCAGGAAGGGCUGCUGUCAGAGGUCAAUGCUGAGAAGGUUGUGGGCAACAUGAAGCCACCGAAGCCCACCAAGAUCAAGAAAAAAGGUGUAAAGAAGACCUUCCAAUGUGAACUGUGUAGCUACACCUGUCCAAGACGUUCCAACCUGGACCGACACAUGAAGAGCCACACAGACGAGAGACCUCAUAAAUGUCACCUGUGUGGAAGGGCCUUCAGAACCGUCACCCUGCUGAGAAACCACCUGAACACACACACAGGCACUCGGCCACAUAAAUGCACAGACUGUGACAUGGCCUUUGUGACCAGCGGCGAGUUGGUGCGUCAUCGUCGUUACAAGCACACACACGAGAAGCCCUUCAAGUGCUCCAUGUGUGAUUAUUGCAGUGUGGAGGUGAGCAAGUUGAAGAGACACAUCCGUUCUCAUACUGGGGAGCGACCGUUCCAGUGCAGUCUUUGCAGUUAUGCCAGCAGAGACACUUACAAGCUAAAGAGACACAUGAGGACACAUUCAGGUGAGAAGCCGUAUGAGUGCUACAUCUGCCACGCCCGAUUCACACAGAGCGGCACCAUGAAGAUGCACAUUCUGCAGAAACACACGGAGAACGUGGCAAAGUUCCACUGCCCACACUGUGAUACUGUCAUCGCUCGCAAGAGUGACCUCGGUGUUCAUUUACGAAAGCAGCACUCUUUUAUUGAGACGGGGAAGAAAUGUCGCUACUGCGACGCAGUGUUUCACGAGCGUUACGCGCUCAUUCAACAUCAGAAGACUCACAAGAAUGAGAAACGCUUCAAGUGUGAACACUGCGACUACUGCUGCAGACAGGAACGCCAUAUGGUCAUGCACAAGCGUACACACACAGGCGAGAAGCCGUUUGCCUGCAGCCAGUGUGAGAAAACGUUCCGGCAGAAGCAGCUUCUGGACAUGCACUUCAAACGCUACCAUGAUCCUCACUACAUCCCCACGGCCUUUGCCUGCAGCAAGUGCAACAAGACGUUUACCCGCAGGAACACGAUGCUGCGUCAUGCUGAUGGCUGCACAGGUGAAAGUGGUGGAGAAGAAAACGGAACUCCAACACCCAAAAAAGGUCGUCGUGGCAGGAAGAGGAAGAUGCAGACCAGGGCUGACGACGACGAUGACGACGACGACGACGACACAGAGGGUGAUGUGGACGAGGAAGAAGACGAUGAGGAGGACGAGGAGGAAGAAGAAGUGCUGUUGACUGAGAUGGAUGUGGAACAGGCGCCACCUGUCGUCCCCAUCCCAGCACCUGUGGAGCCUCCAGUCAAGAGGAAACGUGGACGACCCCCCAAGAACAAACCAGCUGCAGCUGUUGCUGCCGCCAUCAUCCGCGUCGAGGAUGAAGCCACCGGUGAGGUCGAUGACAUCAUCGUAAAGAAGGAAGUGGGAGGUGAACAAGAUGACCAGGAGGACGACGCUGAGGGCGCAGUGGAGGAGGUGGUGAUCGGUGGAGAGAAGUCCACCAUUGAGAUGGAGGAGCUGUCCCAGGAAGCAGGAAGUGCAGAGGUGGUGCAACUGUCUGAGGCUCCGCCCAACGGAGAUCUGACCCCCGAGAUGAUCCUCAGCAUGAUGGACCGGUGAUGGACCGGUAAUGGACCGGUGAUGGACCUGAAAACUCAAACCCUCGACCAUGUCUUCAUUUUAAUUCUUUGCGUUUAGAAUCAUGGACAUUUUUAUUGUUCAGAGAAACAAACAUCACUCUUGUAAUUUAAUAUUUUGAUUUUUAAUCCUGUAUCGCAGCAAAGACUUAAUCAUGACCUGAAAAGUGUGGGUUUUCUUUCAGAACAUGUGACUUUAAGUGGCUUUGAUUGACUUGUUUUUUUCUUUGUGCUGAAGAGUUUUUCAUUCCUCUCAGUUUGUACCUAAACAUAAAUGUUAGUUCCUGUGUGCAGGACCUCGCUGACGUGAGUCACAGCCACUUAAAGAUUUAAAACUGUUUGAAUGUUUUUUUAUUAUUCUUGUUUGGGGGGUUCUUUUCUGUGGUUAGUAGAUCCUUUUUAAGCACAUUUGUUUUUCAAAGCUUAAAUAGAGUGAUUAUCCUAACCUCCUUAGAUGAUGCUCAUGUACUAAACUUUGUCUCUGAUAAGUGCAAGAAAAACUCAUGUAUUGCUCCUUUGUGUAGCCAUUCCACUUUGGGUUGAUGUUUUUCUUUUUUGUAUGAUUGGAAAUGCAACAUAGCAGCUUUUACCUGUGACAGACGAGAGCAGAUGUAUGAAUAUACAACCAAUAAAAAGUUAGACUUGAAGGUUUCUGCAGGUUUCUGCAGCUCUAAUCUUUUCAGACGUGGAGUCACAGUUACACAAAGAUGACUUUGCUCACUCUUAACCCAAAUCGGCUGAAUUAUCAGUGUAUUUUGCUUGCAACUAUAUUUUAUUAAAUUGGGGAUUUGACAUGGUAUCGAAUGACUCCUGUAUUUACCUUUGGUCAGGUGUGGCUCAGGUAGAUUCAGACUCAACGGACAAGUCGCUCAUUUUGGCUCGUAUGAAUAAACUCAGAUAUAUGUAGAUAAUA